AUGGCGCCCAAGAAGAAGCGCGGGCCCGGCGCGGGGCGGCGGCCGGGCGCGGCGGGAGACGGCGCCGAGCCGCGGCUGUCGGAGCGCGGGCAGUACCUGCGGCGCGAGCACGGGCUGCUGUCGGAGCAGCUGCGCGCCUGCGAGGCGCGCGUGGACCAGGUGCUGCGGGAGAACGCGGGCCUGGACCGCGAGGCCGCGCGCCUGCGCGAGGAGAACCGGCUCUACGCCAGCUACGUGAGCGCGCGCGCCCAGCGCUGCGCCCGGGCCGUCGUGCGGCUGGACGAGCAGAACCGCGUGGACCUGACGCAGAUCCACUGGCAGCGCGCCGAGCUGGCCUCGCUGUUCCGCGGGCGCGAGGACGGCGUGCGCGCGCAGCUGCUGGACAUGGAGGCGCGCGCGGCGCGGAUGGCGCGCCAGGUGCAGGAGCUGCGGCCCUACAAGGAGCUGCAGCUGGAGCAGUUGGCGCGGAUCCGCGCGCUGGAGCGCGAGCUGCUGCACAUGCGCGUGGAGCACACGCAGCUGCUGCACCGCGUCAAGGGCCGCUUCCUGGAGGACAAGGCGGCCUUCGAGCGCGAGGCGCGGCAGCGGGUGCAGUCCCUGGCGCGGCGCGCGGAGCGGGAGGCGGCGCGCGCGCUCGUCCUGCACACGCAGGCCGUCCGGGCGGACAACGCGCGCCUGCGGCGGGAGCUCCUGCGGCUCCUGCGCUGGGCCCAGCUGCUGCACGACACGCGGCGCCGGCUUCUGGAGCAGCGGGAACAGCUGCGGCGCGAGCACGAGGACGCCCGGGACCUGGCGCGGGUGCAUGGCUGGCUGCGCCGGGGCCGCGACGGACCGCCGCUGUGGCAGCCGCCGCCGCCGCCCGCCUCGCGUCCCGGGUCCUCCGCCCCCUCCACAGCGCCAUCGAGCGUGGCUCCUCGGGCCCCGUCGCGCGCGGGCUCCGGGUCACUGUUCCCGUCGCACGUGGGCCCCAGGAUCCCAUCGCAGGCCCCGUCGAAGGCCGGUUCACGGGUUCCAUCCCAGCACUCAUCGCGCGCGGACUCCCGGGUCCCGUCCCUGAUCCCGCCCCACCGGGGCUCGCGGGACCCGUCCUUGACCGUGUCGCGCCCGGGCUCCCGGGUCGCGUCCCUGAUCCCGCCCCACCGGGGCUCCCGGGACCCGUCCUUGACCCCGUCCCGCCCGGGCUCCCGGGUCGCGUCCCUGAUCCCGCCCCACCGGGGCUCCCGGGACCCGUCCUUGACCCCGUCCCGCCCGGGCUCCCGGGUCGCGUCCCUGAUCCCGCCCCACCGGGGCUCCCGGGACCCGUCCUUGACCGUGUCGCGCCCGGGCUCCCGGGUCGCGUCCCUGAUCCCGCCCCACCGGGGCUCCCGGGACCCGUCCUUGACCCCGUCCCGCCCGGGCUCCCGGGUCGCGUCCCUGAUCCCGCCCCACCGGGGCUCCCGGGACCCGUCCUUGACCCCGUCCCGCCCGGGCUCCCGGGUCGCGUCCCUGAUCCCGCCCCACCGGGGCUCCCGGGACCCGUCCUUGACCGUGUCGCGCCCGGGCUCCCAGGAGACGGCGGGCGCUGACGCGCGGCGGAAGGCGAGUGCGGGCGAGCCGGCUCGGCCAGCGGGCGCGCGCGGGGCAGGUGAGCGCGCGGCGCCCGCGGACUGCGUGAACGUGAACGCGGUGUUAAUAAAGCUGCCCCGCAAGCGGGCCACACCGGUAUCCUCCCGCCGGCGCUGGCAGAGACGGACGUCGCCCGCACGGACAGAGGCUGCCAGAGCAGGAAAGGAGGCCAGCGGUGGGGAGCUGGGCGAUCACGGGUUGUAG